GGAAAUUGUUUUUGGAGCUUUGGAAACUGCGACAUAAUUCAUCACAUCUUAAUUCACUCUACGCCAUUUUAUGUUCAAAUAUUUACAUGACGCAACAACGAUUUCAGACGAUAUACUCCUAAAAUUUGAAGCAUAUUUUAACUCAUCCGAGGAAAGUUCGAACGGACAUUCACGGGAUAUAUUACGAGGAGUUCAAGAUGGACAGAGGACGAGACAGAAGAUUAGAUAUCCGAGGUGAUGGCGAAGUCACAAGGUUGGGAGCGGGUGAAUCUUAUAGACCUAAUCAUAACCGACGUUCACCACCGCGAGCCGACACUUUCAGAUCCGAUCGCGACAGAGAUCGGUCACCUCGCAGAGAUCGACGAACUCCACCUUUAUCCAGCGACAGUUAUCACCCUAGCGCACGAGAUCGUUCUCCAAGGCGUAGGUCAAGGACACCACCAUAUCGCGCAAGAGACCGAUCACCACCUCGAGAUAUGACUUGGCGUGGCAGACCCCGAUCUCCACUUCGAGGAGGUCGAACUCCAAUAAGAGCCAGAACUCCAAGAAGAUUUUCUCCCAGACGAGAUGAUGACCGCAGAGAUCGAUUGAGGUCACCAAGAAGAGAUGAAAGGCGCCGUUCAAGGUCACCUUUUGAUCGUAAUCGCACACCUCUUCGACCUAGAUCCCCCAUCAGAGCUAGAUCUCCCCUGCCUCGAAGGUCGCCGCCUCCAGGUCCAAGAGGUGGUUCUUGGCGUCAACGCUCCCGCAGUCGCGACCCCAGAGAUGUUCGCACUCCCCUCGGUCCAAGUUCACAAGCAUGGCGACGCCGUUCACCUUCACCUAUACGCCGAAGAUCACCAUCCCCGAUCAGGCGUCGAUCUCCUUCGCCAGCACUUCGUGAUUCGGAAAGAUCAUCCGGUAGAAGUUCUGGCACCAAUUCUCGUCGAUCAUCUCCACCUGUUCACCCUAGUAGACAAGCUUUAACGCAAGCAGCGACUCGUGAAGCGAUACGUUCUCCGGUACCUACCAGAGAUCGAUCUCCUACAGGACUGGCAUACAGACAAGUGAAGCAGGAGAGAUCUGCUUCGAAGGAUCGCUCACCAAUUCGUCCCACAGCUCCAAGAUCGCCUCCUAGAGGACCAGCGGCAACUUUUCGAGCUCCAACCGGACCUAGUGGCGGUCGAAACUUCGCUGCGCCUAUCCCAUCUGGUCCUUCUUCAAACUAUAAUUCGAGAUCUAAUAGUGGUUCAGAGGGUAAUGGUCACAUCGCUCCUCCAUCUGGCCCACGUGGUUACGCUCCACCUCGUGGCCCUUCCGCUUCAUUGAGAGGUGGUCGGCCGUCAUUUAGCAACGAGCGUCACAGUCGUCCAGAUACCUCAUCGUGGGGAGCAGCACCGCCAUCUCGACCAAACGCAGAUUUAAAUUCAAGAACAAAUUUGCCACCACCCCGUCCUCCACCAAGUGUUUCUCCUUCUCCAGCACGAGAAACUCCACCUGCUGCACCAACAGGCCCCUCCGGUAUACCCACAGGUCCUCGCGCAGGCACUUCAGUUUCGUCUCGUCCCUCUCUUCAGCAUUCCUCCAGUAUAUAUCAUAGCCGCGGUUCUAUCUCGGGACCAUCAUCGGGACCUCGUAUCCACCCAGCAAUGGUAGGCAUUUCACCCAUCAUACCUGGGGGAAGAAUUGAUCCAGCAGCUUCGGGUAUCCCCACAGAUCUCGCAGCUCGCCUCAAGAAGAAGGAAGAAGAAGCGGAUAUUCUAAGAGAAGAAGUUAAACAGAAACAAGAAAAACUCAGGAAGGGAUUGAAGCACUGGGAUAGAUUGAGCCGAGAAAGUGCAAGUAUGGGCUUGAAAAGCGAGUUGAGUGAGAGUCACUUGAGGAUUUUGGCCGGUGAGGGAGUCGGUGGAAAAGCGUUUUAAUUGGAAUUGAUGGCGAUAUUGAUAUUGAUGAUUGGCGUUCAAUUGGAUUGGAUCGAUUAGUUUCUUCAUUCGGGGGGUUUUUUUCGGCUUGGCUUCACAUGGGUGUAUGUAUGAGAAUGGCAUGGCAAGGCGUGCACUAUUCGAAAGCUACCAAGCAAAAAGACUUCAACUGAAGAAGCUUGGUAUUGUUUCUUUUCUCACUAGUCCUUCUGUCAUAGACUGGUGGAAUAUGUCGAGGAAGAGAGUCUAGGCGUUGAUUUUUGGGACGAUGGAAGUUAAACAAAAUAGGCUCUUACUGGGGAUGUUUCAAGCUUUAAUGUCUUUCUUUCUUUCUGAUACCAAGGAACUAUGACUAGUCACUGGACAAGAGUGGUAGUAUUGACUGCACUGCGUGUAUUUGUAUAUCGAUAAAAAAGAAAAUGGAAAUGAAUCAUUAAUUUUGA